AUGACACUUACCGAAACAACACAGUCUUUACUUGAGAAAGAAGACGACUUAAGUAUCCAAGAGAUAAUUGCCGUCUCACAAACAUUUGUGAGUCAGCAACAGCCUCCAACCCCGACAACAAAUACCUCCGGUUUUAAUUUAAACCCAGAGACAUCAGUUUCUGAUAGACAUUUGCGAGCUAGGAAGUCUAAGAAUAAAACAAGUUCAGAUAAUUUUAUUUUCGCUGACGCUUCUGAUAUGUCCUUACAUAACGGUUCGACUCCUUCUUUGGCUAGUAUCGCAAAUUUACAUAAUUCAAAUUCUCAAAACCGAUCAAUAAAUUCAUCGAAAAAUGAUCGUAAACAACACCGAGAGAGAUCAGAUAAUCAAGACAUCCCUACGGGACCUCCGGAAAUGAUGAGAGAUCCUACUACUGAAUCAUUCUCCUCUCACGCUUAUAGUUGGCCCAUUGCUUUUGCUGUAAUACCACCAAUGGUUCCUUGGGAACUUUAUUAUGCGGCAAGGUCUAGACGUGUUGUGAACGAAAACCUUUCUGAACAGGCUGAAGAUCCUACCCAAGAACAACUACGAAAUCAAGCUACUAGAGAUCUUCGUCGUCAAGAAAUGUGGGCUUUAUUAUUUGUGAUCGUCUCCCCAAUUCUUGGAGGAUAUGCUUUGCAUGGUGCAAAAAUGUAUCUGACAGAUUAUGACAAAUACAUUUCUCAUUUCAAUAUAAUCCUUUUUGUAUUUGCUGCCGGCAUUCGUCCUUUAAUGCAUAUUACUAAUCUUGCAAAAAAUAGAACUUUGCAUCUUCAAGAGCAAGUUCACUAUCCAAGUACGGAGGUUGAAUUGCUGAAACGACGUGUUCAACAUUUAGAAUAUGAAUUCUCUCAAUUACGUCGCGGAUUCGCUACGAAACGAGACGUUAUCAAUGUUAGAGAUAAUUUCGAACCUACUCUUUCACAAUUGAAUAAAGCAGUGAGAAGAUAUGAGAAAAAAGAACAAUGUCUUCGAAAUUAUUCAGAGGAAAGAUUUGCUUAUUUGGAAACAAAGUUACGAGAAUAUGAUACAUUUAUUGCUUACAAGUUACAAGAAGAACAGGCAACGACUAUUUCACGUAGUAUGACACAAAUUAUUCUUUUGCCAUUCAACAUAGCGAAAUAUUUUGUACCUCGAUCAUUGCGCGGUAGACAGAAGCCAAUGUUGCAACCCGCGAUUAAUUCUGAAGAAGAAGAAAAUGACAACAACGAAUUAUUGCAACAAGAUAUAUCUGGAAUCCUGCAAAAAUAUUAA